UCAGCUGUUGGUCAUGUUGGUGUAUACUGUUCAGUGUUCUGACAAUUUUUCGGAUUGUUAGCGCCUAUGCCAGUGGUUUACCGUGUUUACAGCCUCCUUUUUAAAGUGAAGCAAAUAGUGACAUGAAGAACCGGGCCAGAUAUAGAUUUUUAAGUGUCCUUUUUCUUUCUGUGAGCUUUUUGGCAACUUUCUCUGCAUUUCAUUUUUUUUCAAUAAACAACCACAAACGGCACAACCAGGAAAUAAGUGGAAUUUUCCUUACAGCUUCAGCUGUCAAGGAAAAAGACGGUUCACCCAAAAACAGUAAACUUCAAUUGAAUGCCAAUGGACAUGGUGUUCUCUACUCCUCCUGGUUUGGCGCCGGCUCAAGAAUACGCAGACAUCCGCUCAGCAUCGAUAAAGAAGAUGAGGCCAUUGAGAUUGAACAUGUUGAGGGCCACCGUGAAGCCAGCAUCGCUGAUGAAGGCGAGGUUGAUUUACCAGUACAAGCUGCAACACCUUCUAAGGUCAUUGAGUGUCGAGAUUUCCACAACAUUGCUAAUCUAACAGAUGUUUGUUCCUUCGUGCUGAAUAACUCAGACUGUGAUAUUGAUCAAGGAUUUAUCAACUACAAUGCUGUAAUAUACUGCAAAUUCAGUAUAGUUCCUCUUGCUGUAGUUAUUUUGUUUUUCUGGUGGCUGUUUUUGUUUGCUGGUUUGGCAACAACUGCAGAUAGUUAUUUUUGUCCAAGUCUUGCUGUGAUAUCAAAAACUCUCCGGCUUAGCCAGAACAUUGCAGGAGUCACUCUCCUGGCCUUUGGAAAUGGAGCCCCAGAUAUAUUCUCUGCGAUUUCUGCAAUAGGUAAUGCAAAGGAUGGUGAAGCAGGUCUGGCCAUAGGUGCACUUAUUGGUGCUGCCAUUUUUUUGACGACUAUUGUAGCAGGAGCUGUCACCCUGACAUCGCCUUUUGUUGCCAUGGAAAGACCAUUGCUGCGAGAUAUCAUAUUCUUCCUUGGUGCAGUGUUUUGGACAUUUACAGUUCUUUACAAGGGAUAUAUAACCACCCCAGAAUCUGCCGGAUUCAUAGCCCUCUAUGUGGUGUAUGUCUUAACUGUGAUAAUUUCAAGAGCAAUUCGUCAGUCCCUCAAAAUAAGAGCAGAGAGGCAAAAGGAGGACCAGGCUAAACUGACUGAAGAUGAUUCGUUGGAUAGGGAUGAUCAGAAUAGUGUACCUUAUCUUUCCGUCCAAGAUACUGAUGAAGGCAACGAGAUCUCAGGACAUUCCAGUGGUAAUGUGCAAUCCAUUCCAACCAUUGCCAUAAGGACACCUGAUCUUGAGUUAGACGAAAAUCACCGCCUGUCUGUUAGUCCAGUACCUAGAGCACCGUCGCCAACUCCUAUUGCAAAGAAGGGAUCCACAAUAACAGGUUUGGCCCGGAUCGCAGAAGCUGUUGGUGUCUCCUCCGUGUUUGGAUCAGAAGUCUUGUCAAAUGCCACUCUACUUCCUCAGGAUCAGCCAUCCGUUAUGGAGGGAUCCCAAACAGAGCUGGAUUCUAACUUUCUGUCUUCUGCAAAUGUUGGUCUAAUAUCCAGUGAACAGAACACAGGACCAAAAGCUAUUUUCCUUGGAUUUCUUAAAGCUCUCUGCCCAAUUGAUAUAAAGAAUUGGUCUGAUUUGAGCUACUUUUGGAGAUUCUUUGAAUUUUUUAAGUGUCCCCUUGUCCUUUGUCUUAACCUAACCAUGCCUGUGGUAGACUUUGACGAAGAUAUGCACAAUUGGAACAAAGUUCUCAACUCACUCAAUUGUAUCGUAGCACCAUUAUUCUGUGUGUUUGCUGCAAACGCGGCAAUGACAAAUAUUGGGGGUGUUCUACCUGUGUGGGGCUUGGUUUUGAUGAUUGGCUUUUCCUUCUCUCUCCUUGUGUUUGCAACAUCUAGUCAUACAGAACAGCCGAAGUAUCACUGGGUCUUUGCGUAUGUGGCAUUUAUUGUCUCCAUCUUCUGGAUCUAUACAAUAGCCAAUGAGAUUGUCAACCUUCUGCAGUCAUUUGGAGUUGUAUUCAACAUCAGUGAUGCAGUUCUGGGUUUGACAUUAUUGGCCUGGGGAAACAGCAUUGGAGAUCUGAUAUCUGAUACUGUGUCGGCAAGACAGGGAUUUCCCAGAAUGGCAAUAUCUGCAUGUUUUGGAGGGCCACUUUUCAACAUUCUAUUAGGGAUAGGACUGCCAUUUACAAUAGCUACUAUUAAAAGUGGAGGCAGAUAUGAUAUUAAGUUCAGUUUUAUUCAGAUGAUCCUGUGUGGCUUCCUGGCCCUGAGCCUCCUCUCCACUCUCAUCAUCAUGCCUCUGAGGAAGUUUCAUUUCACCCGUGGCUACGGGAUCUAUUUAAUAAUACUGUAUGGAAUUUUCCUUGUGGUGGCACUCCUGACAGAGACAAAAGUCAUUAAUGUUCCUCGAUGAGGGUCAUGGUGGGGGUGUGGCUAAGUCAAGCAAAGAUCCUAUGAGAAGGAUUUGUCUAUAUUCAGUUGAUUAUUUCUUGUUGUACAGUAUAUUUCUUGGUUAUGAGGAUAAAAGGUGUACAUGUACAUGACGUAGUGUUUCACCUUUUUUAGUUGAUAUGGAUGGAACUAUUUUUGUGUUGUAUAAAGUGUGAUGCAAAACUGUGGUUAUGGACUACUUUAGUAAUUUGAUUCAAAUUGUAUAAUGGCCCAUUAGACUUACAUGUAUGUAACAUUGAGUGAUCUAUUGAAGGAACAUUUCAUACAUAUACACCAAAACCAGGCGCAUGUCGCACAGAAGAUGAGCCUAAAUGACACCAGAAGAUAUUGGGAGAAAUUGAUGUGCUCAUAUUUCACAAAAGGCAGACAAUAGAGAAAUGAACAAACUGUCCGUCUCAACCUGCCAAGCUCAGAGCGACAUGCGCCUGGUUUUGCUGUGACGGAUCACAUAUAAAAGGACCAUUGUUUUUUCUUAAAAGAUACAUGUAGGCCUACUAAGUGUAUUUCAGCCAAUACUCUUUAGAACUCUCACUUAGGCCUUAGGUCACAUUGAUCAACCAAGUGACUGUUAUUUCUGCGAACAUUUUUGUUGACAACAGAUUAUUCUUCAUGUAUCAUUUUGACCACCAUGUUGGCAGCAUUCAGUGGAGGAUGUCAGAGACCCUUGCAAUAUCUAGACUUUAACACAUUAUCAUAUAUUACUCAAGUGAGUGAUGAUCUCAAAUCAUUGAACUAAAUGUGCCAUGCUGUUUCAUCAGGAAAGAAAGUAAUCCAAUAAAAGUAAAAGUAUGAAGAAGUUGAUCAAAUAUCUGUAUUACAAAUUGUGAAAUAUGUCUGUGUUUUUGCUGGUGAAAUCAUGGUGGUGAAUGGUAGUGACUUGAAUAUCAUGUUGAACUGUGACGUUUUCGUAUUUGUGUUUGUUAACAAAUAAUUUUUUUACUGAAAUUUGAUCUGUGAUUGGUGCUAUUAAAUUUUGUGUAUGUAUGCAGCAAAACACUGAGGCAGGUGGUUUAUUACUAAAUAUGCGUACACUGGUACAGAACUUCCCUUUUUGACAUAUUUACCAACUAUAUUGUUAA